GAGCAGAAUAGAUUCUUGUGCGGACACGCACCGAGCGGGAGCGACGACAACAUGGCUUAUUUGAACCCCGCGAGGCUUGUUGCCGUGAUUGAGUGACACAGAGCUGGCGGACCGGACCGAGGAAAGCGGGGAGCGCGUGAGGAGCUGAGAAUCACCCCCUCCUACUCAGGGACUGUGGAUUUGCUGUCAUUACCUUACCUGUCGUUGUGGAAACGCGUAAGGGCUUAUCCGUGACCCCGGCACUCGGAGAAGCACCCCAGUUACACGUUGGAAACCGGGCAAGCCUCCCUCCCGAUCUCUACCCGGCUUUAUCACUUUUUACUGUCAGCAUUCUGCUCUCCCUUGGCGCUGGGAAGUCCGCCUGAAACUUUUUUCUGCGUUGCACGCAGCAACACUUUGCGUUGAGUGGCUUAUGUACGUGUUUUGGAGGUAUCGGUGACCUCAUCACACCGUCCCACGCUGGCGCGUGGGCACCGGAGCAGGGGAACGAGUCCACGGACCCCUCGGUGCUGUGGAUUAGCUGGGUAUUCUGUGACCAGAGCAACAUCCAGAAACACUCAGUAACUGGAGUUAUUUUUAGUGGAGGAAUGGGGUAAAGGCGGACAGAAACCUCACCCCCCUCCCCUUCCACCGCAGCAUGCUAGCCGAGCACGGCUAGCACUGACCCGAGAUAGCACCCUGACCAUGUAGCCUUAAUGCGCUUGGAAUAGCGGAAGUUCUGUGUUCCACUGGACAAGACUACCGUCAGUUCACUUCUGGAUUAGGACUAAGGGAUGGGUGAGGACUGGGCAGUGAGCUCCGGGAGGGCCAGCCUCUAACUCAGUGAAGAUAUCAGAAACUACACACACACACACACACACACACACACUGCUUUCUUCAGGGCUUGGUGGAAAACACAAGAGUUAGUUGGGUUACAGAGAAAUACGGAGGCUCCAGCUCUUAUGACCAGUUGAACGAUAACCACACACUUAAAAAACCCUUCCAGCUCCAAAACACAGUCUAUAUGUGAAGUAAGAGGUCUAUUUCUAAAAUAUAAGCAGCCCAGCUCAGACAGAUUCAGUUUUUCUAUAUGUACCUCAGAAUUGUGCUGCCUGUAACCCGCCACUGCCUUAGAUGUCACAGAAGAGUUGAGGGGAAAACGAAGAGACAAGAAGGUGCCUUGUGAUUAGUUCUUCUGUUCACCCCCCGCCCCCCCUUUGAUGAGUUGGAUGUAAAGUGCUGUUGUAAACUCUGGGAUUAAAGCACGCUUCCCCCACCCCCAUCCCCCCCCUUGUCAGAGCUGUGUGAAGGACAGUGUUUCCCUUUUGGAGUAAAUAUUGGAGCGGUUCCAUGGUGGUCACGUCAUCAUCCGUGGACGACAAGACCGCGCCGUCCUGCAGGAUGGUCCAGUCGGAGCCGUGGAUCGCCCCAGCCUUGCUUCGUAAGAACAAGAGUGUAAGCAGCUCAGGAUGCCCACCCACCUCCUCCUCCUCCUCCUCCUCUUCCUCCUCCUCCACUGCCCAGGGCUUCUCCCUCGCUGAGCCAGCCAUGACCAGCCAGCACACUCAUACUCACCCCUCCUUCAGCUCCAUCCACUCCAUGGCCGAGCAGCAGCAGGUGCUGUCUGACAUGACCAUACUUCAGAGGAGGAUCCCCCCUAGUUUUAGAGACCCUGCCAGCGCCCCCUUGAGGAAGCUCUCUGUAGACCUCAUCAAAACUUACAAGCACAUCAAUGAGGUGUACUAUACCAAGAAGAAGCGGCGGGCACAGCAGGUUCCUCCUGAAGACAGCAGCACGAAGAAGGAGAGGAAAGUUUACAAUGACGGCUACGAUGAUGACAACUAUGAUUACAUCGUAAAGAACGGAGAGAAGUGGCUGGACCGCUAUGAGAUUGACUCUCUGAUUGGGAAGGGCUCCUUUGGACAGGUGGUGAAGGCCUACGACCACCAUGAGCAGGAGUGGGUGGCCAUCAAGAUCAUCAAGAACAAGAAAGCCUUCCUGAAUCAGGCUCAGAUUGAGCUGCGUCUGCUGGAGCUGAUGAAUAAGCAUGACACGGAGAUGAAGUAUUACAUCGUCCACCUGAAGCGUCACUUUAUGUUUAGGAACCAUCUCUGCUUGGUGUUUGAGUUGUUGAGCUACAACCUGUACGACCUGCUGAGGAACACCAACUUCAGAGGAGUCUCCCUCAACCUCACUAGGAAGUUUGCACAGCAGCUCUGCACAGCAUUGUUAUUCCUGGCCACUCCAGAGCUGUCAAUCAUUCACUGCGACCUGAAACCAGAGAACAUCCUGCUGUGUAACCCCAAAAGAUCUGCCAUUAAGAUCGUGGACUUUGGAUCAUCCUGCCAGCUGGGACAGAGGAUUUACCAGUACAUUCAGAGCAGGUUCUACCGUUCUCCAGAGGUUCUUCUGGGAAUGCCAUACGACCUGGCCAUUGACAUGUGGUCUCUAGGAUGUAUCCUGGUUGAAAUGCACACAGGGGAGCCUCUCUUCAGCGGCUCCAAUGAGGUGGACCAGAUGAAUAAAAUUGUAGAAGUUCUGGGAGUUCCACCUAGCCACAUGCUGGAUGCAGCUCCUAAAGCCAGGAAGUACUUUGACAAGCUGUCAGACGGACUGUGGACUGUGAAGAAGAACAAGGAUGUGAAGAAGGAGUAUAAGCCCCCAGCCACACGCCGCCUCCACGAGAUAUUGGGUGUAGAGACUGGGGGUCCAGGAGGCCGGCGGGCCGGAGAGCCGGGACACGCCCCCUGCGACUACCUGAAGUUCAAAGAUUUGAUCCUCCGCAUGCUGGACUACGACCCCAAGAGUCGCAUCACGCCCUUCUACGCCCUGCAGCACAACUUCUUCAAAAAGACCACUGAUGAGGGAACCAACACCAGCUCAUCCACCUCAACCUCCCCUGCCAUGGACCACUCCCACUCCACCUCCACUACAAGCUCUGUGUCCAGCUCUGGUGGAUCAAGCGGUUCUUCCAACGACAACCGUAACUACCGGUACAGCAACCGCUAUUACAACUCUGCUGUGACCCUGUCUGACUACGAGAUGACCAGUCCACAGGCGCCCUCGCAACAGCAGAUGAGAAUGUGGUCUGGCAGUGACAGUGGGGGUCAGGAUCCAGCAUACACCCAACUGCUCCUCCACAAGCCAGCCGCUACCCAGCAGCACCAGCGCCACUUCUUGGACCCGCCGCACCACCCCCACCCCACCUACUCGCACCACGGAAACAGCGGGCGGGGACUGAGGCAGGGUGGGCAGGCAGGAAUCGGUGGAGGUGGGGGUCCGCAGGGAUCCUCACCCCAAAUGAGUGACAGCAUGGAUGUGGGCGUGUCCCUUGGGCUGCAUCACCUGGGGGCGGUGUCUUCCAUGGAGGGGUCUCAGUUUGGCUCCGCCUCCCUUCCCCUCGCUCUGCCCAUCGGACUCUCCGCCUUCCGGACUCGGACAGCCCCCACUGCUCAAGGGCCGCAAGCUCCGCCCCCUGAGGACUACUACCCUGCCUCCAACAACAAUAACCCUGCUGGGGGGGGCAGGGGGCGGCCAGACUCGGAUGAGGGCCCAGCCAACUCUUGAUAAACCCUAAAGCACGCCCUAAAGCCAUACACCUGACCCGGGUCCAGACUUAGAGCCGGAAGGGGGCGGUCUGUGUGCAAGCACACAGUCUACUGCUUGUGAGGGGGGGGCAGCCAGAGGAGGAUGCUGGGAGAACUUUCAUCCUCUUUAGUUUGUUGUUGGAGGGGGGGGGUUGUUGUUUUAGUCAUGUUCUUGCUUCUUUGGUUUGGUUUUCUGGGUGUGGGGAGCUGCUUGUUCUGUUGUGUUUCAGUCUGGAGAGGAUAAAGAGGCGGGGGUGGGCCGCAUGCUCUCGUCCUGCUCUUUGCUGCAGCUGGAGCUGGGGGGGCUACACGCCCAGACACCGCCGCAGCCGACUCUUCAGCUUCGCUUCGGUCCUCAGCACCUCGCCGCCCUGACGUCAUCACAGCGUGCGGAGCCGGGCAUGGACCAUACAGGCUCAGAGCAGAACUCCAGCAUGCGUGGAGUUCUGGAGGAAGACCCUCUGCUGCCGCUCCUCUUCACCCCCCGCUCCCCUCCCCCCGCUCCCCCUCCCGUGGUGUUUCUCCUCCAGACGGCUCCUCCUAUCUGUGCUGCUAAUCACCAUGACAACCGGUCCGGAUUGCUGCUAAAGAUCCACCACAGAUCAAUAAGUAGAAGCCGAAAAACGUUUGAACUGAGGAUCAAUAAGAACCACUGCAUCUCCAUGUAUUUAUUACUAUUUAACAAGAAAACUAACUGAAAGGACACUUUCUUUCUGCUCUUCUUUGUUUGGUUGCCUUCUUUCUGCAGGUGAGCUCUGAUUGGCUGUUGUAACAGUGUGGCCGGUAACAUGGGAAUGCCGCCGGUUUUGGGGGCUGGGUGGAGGGGAAGGGUGGGGCAAAAAAAAGUUGGAUAUAUAAUAAGAAUAAAGAGUAUACUUUUGCACACCAAA